CUAGUUGUUUCUGUCAAAUGUCAAAUUGUGAAGUUGCACAACAAUUAUUUAAAUAUUUUUUUAAUUAGGUCUUCAAAAUGCUUUAACGAAACAAUUCGCUCAAAUCAACAUCCUCAUUUUGUUAAAAAACUGAGCAUUAGUGUCAAUACCUUUUAUAUAAAUUUCCGGACAUAACCUAAAAAUGUGGCUCAUAUUCUAAGAUCAAAGUGAAAGGCACAAGAAUUGUUAUUUAUUUAAAACUGGAGUAGUUGAGCUUUCACCGACACUUUUAAUAUUGGACAGUAGUUCGGCCUUAGCUGGGAUUUUGCGAAUAAGGACAAGUCUAAGAAAUGGAUCACCAACACAUGAACCACGACAUGGACCACAGUAUGCAUAAAGGAAUGGACCAUAGUAUGGGCCACAACAUGGGCACUACAACCAUGCCCAAACAUGAUAUGAGCCAUAUGUCCAUGGCUUUCCAUACUGGUUAUAAUGAAACUGUGCUUUUUGACCAAUGGAAAUUUACAACAAUUGGUGGUUUGAUUGGUUCUAUGAUUGGAAUUUUCUUCAUGGCAGCUCUUUACGAAGGCUUAAAAUAUUACAGAGAAUACCUAUUUUGGAAAACUUACAAUGCGCUACAAUACAGGGCCGUAACACUUCCCGAAAAGGGAGUCGUAUCUGAAGACAAUCAAAUUGUCCAUAUGGUGGGAGAAGUCAUCCAUAAACAGCCACCAACGAUGCUGAGCGGCAUGCACUUCUACCAAACGGUCCUUCACAUGAUUCAAAUGGUCCUAUCGUACUUUCUGAUGUUAAUUUUUAUGACGUACAAUGUAUGGUUGUGUUUAGCAGUAGUUAUAGGAGCGGGAGUUGGUUAUUUUCUUUUCGGUUGGAAAAAAUCUGUUAUAGUCGACGUGACAGAACACUGCCAUUAACGAUAGUUUAGUAGAAAAUUAGUGGUUAAGUACUAUAUUUUAUUUGUCUUGCCGGUGCAUUAAAAUAUAUAUUUAAUUCGGAUGCAAGACUGACAUUCGUUAAGUGCCUGCUUUUUAAUUUUUUAAAGUACAUAACGAAUUUUUAGUUUUGUAAUGUUUUAGUUAUCAAGACAUCCAUAUCAUGAACUUUUGAACAUUUUUUAUUAAGGAAUUAAAAUUACAAAAUCGCAGCCAUCUUUUGUAAUUUUAUUGUUCUCAUUUUUGGUGAAGUUACAGUAUGAGAUUACUAGUUAAGAGUGUUUAUUAUUAUAUUUGUUUAGAAAAGUAUUUAAAUUCGUAACUUCAAUUAGUAUUAUUAAUUAAAUAUUGUAUAUACGGUGAUUUUUGUGAACGUAAGAAAUAAAAAGUAAUAUGUGCA